AUGCUGGUGUUGGAGAAAAGUAUAGUGGAGCCAAGUCUGGAUCGCUUACUAGUGGUAAUGUUACUUAUUAUAGUUUUGUUUAUGAAUAUUGUAAUUAUAAGGAUAAUAAUUAUUGGAAGUGAUGGUGGUUGGAUAGAAGGUGCGAGAAGUGAUAAAGGAGUAACAGCGGGAAGGCAAGAUAAACAACAAUUAACGCAACAGGAACAAGAUGAUGCGACAGCUGAUUCCCAAUAUGGGAACCAAGCACAUCAAUAUACGCAGUUCAAUCAAUAUAAUCAAUAUAACCAGUACACUCAGUAUAAUCAAUAUACUCAAUACACUCAACCAAAUCAAUACACUCAACAACCAUCCCAUUACUCUACACACUACUCCACACAUUAUUCAACCAACCAUUAUCCUCCCCACUCCACUAUUUCUCACACCACCCACCCAAAACGCACCUAUUCCCCAUCUCCAUCCCAUUCCUCACUAUCCUCUUCUACCUCCAUCGAAGACUCUUCAGAGGAAUACGCCUACCGCUCUGGACCGUUUAACGACUCCCUGCAAACAUCGUCACAGGAAUCGGAAUCAGAUUCUGAAGGGCAAUAUGAAACGUCCGAUUACGAACAGGAUUACGAACAGAAUGGGUAUAGACUAAGAGAACGCCACCAAGUUGGCGGUUCGCGAAGUCACGGGUCAGGCGCUGUUCCUUCUUCUACCUUGCAUCCUACUUUCUGUGACGAAGUAUCGGGACGAAAAGAUGUCUUGUUGAAGAUUAAUAUUGACGUAGGAGAGGCCGGUGAACACUCGAUUUUUGUGUGCGUGCAUGACGAUCCUGCAGAUUUGGCGAGACUGUUUUGCAAAAACAAUGGAUUCACAAAUCCCCAAGUUGAGGCGGCUUUAGCGAAGUUGAUUGAGGACGAAAAGAGGAAGCGAUUAGGGUGA